CCUGCCUUCCAGGCGGCGCCGGUGUCAGCAGCUAGUGGCGCGAGCGCUGGCCGGCCGGGCGGUUGGAGGCAGCAGGUUGGGACUGGCGGUCGCCAUGAGAGUGCUGGGACCGUGAUACUUACUCAAGACUGCAAUGACAAGUCAGAGCAGUAGCCAUGCAGAAAGAGCAGUUUCUAUGUCGUCAUCACCAAAAGUGCAGGUUCAACGCUCCACUUCUAGAGAGACCAUCACUAUACACUUUUCUGCCUUUGGUAAGGAGGAGGAGGAGGAAGAGGAAGAAGAAUUUGAAGAUUCCUCCAUAACUCUUCAUGAAGACCAAAGAUUUGUACCAGGACUUAAAGGAAAAGAAAGUACUUGUGAACAUGGUGGCCAACUUCUAUCAGAGCCUGCUACCUCAUCAAAUAUGUCAGCAACAUCAACUUCAGCUGCAAUUUCCAAUUCGCCUUCGGCAUCAACAAUUAUCUCUUCAGAACCAUUGGAAACAUCAGUAAUAUUACCUUCUGCAUCACUUAGUACUACUGCAUUGCCAUUGUUCUCAUUACCAGCCCAGCAAUUGGAUUCUACCAGUUUGUCUUCAGAGGUGACAACUAUAAUUUCAGCUUCUGAUUCUUCACCUCAACCUGUUGUGCAUUCCCUUGUCCCUUCAUCUUCGAUGACUAACACAAAGCCAUUCAUAAGUUUAGUAAAAUCUCUUUCAACAGAAGUAGAACCAAAAGAACCCACAACCCCUCUAAGGACAAGGCAGUUAAUGAAAACACUAGUUAAAUCUCUGUCAACAGAUACAUCAAAACAAGAAUCUGAAUCUGUCCCAUUUAGGACCUCUGAUUCCCGUAUAAACUUACAUCUCUUCAAACAGUUUACUCAACCUCGUGUCACUGGAGGGGAUUCUAAGACUGCACCUUCUUCCCCGAUCACCUCGCCAUCAGAAGGUAGGUCAUUUUUUAAAGUAACUGAAGUGGAGGCUAGAAUUGAAGACACUAAAAGACGACUUUCAGAAGUUAUUUAUGAACCUUUUCAACUUCUAAACAAGAUAAUUGGCGAUGAAACUAGUAGUCUUCGGCAUAAGGCUUUAUCAUCCAGUGCGACAGAACUUUCCACUCUUGCUAGUUUAAAUGGGCAUUUGGAAAGCAGCAACAGCUAUAGCAUUAAAGAGGAAGAAUAUGAUUCUGAUGGGGACUGUUCAACAAAAGAUUUCAUUCCAAGUACAAGUAGUUCCAAACCCACGGAUGAGCCAUCAAAAGAGGGAGACACCAAGAGUUUGCAGGGGACCACAAAGGAAAAUUCUUUGAAGGCAUCAUCCCUAGGUCUAGAAAAAUGCUCACUUUCUGUACUUGCUAGCAAAGAAGAAGAUGAGUACUGUGACUUGUACCUUGACGAAAUUGAGGUAGAAACUGAGGAGGAGAUUAUUGUGGCUAAAACUAUAGAACCUCGAACAGGAGAAGAAGCAUUUGAAGGAGAAAGUAAGCCACUGGGGCAAGAUGAAAUCAAAUCUGAAGUACAGCCACUUGAAGUUCCAUUUAAGACUUUAUUACUCUUUACCAUGCUUGUAUAUUCCUACUUAGUGCUGCCUCUGCCAAGUUAUUUAAGUGGGCUAUUCCUUGGCUUUGGCUGUGGAUUUAUGAUAGCAAUUGGUGUUGUAUGGCUGGUAGCACCAAGAAAGUCGAGGGACUAUCAACAGUCGCAGAGAAGGAUUAAUUUUGAACAUCUAACUACAGAACCUUUGGAUAUAAAAGAACCAGAAAUAUUUAAGGGCUGGAUGAAUGAAAUUUACAAUUAUGAUCCUGAAACCUACCAUGCUACACUGACCCAUUCUGUCUUCAUUCGUCUUGAAGGGACUGUACUAAGGCUUUCAAAACCGAAUAAAAAUAUUUCUCGAAGGGCUUCUUUCAAUGAGGCCAAGACAAUGGCCACGUACAUCAGCCAGAAGAUUUACGAUCUAUUGGACAGUAGGGUGCAUUUAGUUCCAAAGGGUCUGGCUAGGAAAAGAAUAUGGAAUAAAAAGUACCCAAUUUGCAUUGAACUUGCCAGACAGGAUGACUUUAUGUCAAAGACUCAGACAGAGAAGGAAAAUGUGGAGGAAAAGCUCCUUGCUGAAAAAAUUGAAAUUGCACUUGAGGAACCAAGGAAACCUUCUGUGUCACAAGAUUCUGCAAAGACAAUUUGCCAGAAGGACCAAGUUUUAUAUCUUUUUGGAAGGACUGGUAGAGAAAAGGAAGAAUGGUUCAGGAGGUUCAUUUCAGCCUCCAAAUCGAAAGUUGAUGCUAAGCGACUGGCCAGCCUAGGAGGAGGUGGCAUACCAGGUUUUGUGCCAUCACACAGUAGGAACAAUAGCCAGUCAGGCAUGCUGACACAUAGUCGCAACAGCAGUAAGGGAAGUGUUGAAGAAUUCAUGUCACAAUCCAAACAGAAAGAUCUCACAUCUGGUGUGCGCCAGAAAAUGCUUCUGGAUUAUACUGUGUACAUGGCAAAGUACAUUACUGAAAAAAUCCCCAGUCCUAACUUAAGUCCUGUCCACAGUGCAGAAAGUAGUCCCACUGCUGCUAAUAAGUUGCCAAACAGUCAAAUUGAGGACUCAGAACAACAAGUGGCUUGGGUUAAUGCAUUGCUUGGGCGAGUCUUCUGGGACUUCUUGGGUGAAAAAUAUUGGUCAAACUUGGUGUCUCGAAAAAUCCAGAUGAAACUCAGCAAGAUUAGGCUGCCGUAUUUUAUGAAUGAGCUAACCUUGACAGAACUUGAUAUGGGAGCUGCUAUGCCGAGAAUAUGUCAAGCUUCAAAACCUUCAGUUAAUCACCAAGGACUGUGGAUUGAUCUGGAGAUUUCUUACAAUGGAUCAUUUCUAAUGACCUUGGAAACUAAAAUGAACCUGACCAAACUGGGAAAGGAGCCUUUGGGAGAAACAUAUAAAGUAGGCGAUGUUGGAAAAGAAGGCCAGCAGACAGAGGAGUCUUUCAUCCCAACAGUCUGGUCUCAAUUUGAUGCCGGGUCUCAGAGGAGUAGACCAAAAGCCUAUUGUCUUGCUGAUAGUGAUGAGGAGUCCUCAAGUGCUGGAUCUUCAGAUGAAGAAGAUGCGCAAGAUUUACUGGGAGGAGACAAGGCACUAGCAGCAGCAGCAGAAGGAUAUGUGGGAGGACAUCGACCAAGCAAGAUAAUGAGACUUGUGGAUAAAAUUACAAAGUCAAAGUAUUUCCAGAAAGCCACAGAAACUGAAUUUAUUAAGAAGAAGAUUGAAGAGGUCUCGAAUACACCAUUGCUGUUAACAGUAGAAGUUCAGGAGUGCAGAGGAACAUUAGCUGUGAAUAUUCCACCACCACCUACUGACAGAAUAUGGUAUGGUUUCCGAACGCCGCCACACUUGGAGUUAAAAGCUCGUCCCAAAUUGGGUGAGCGUGAAGUCACUAUUGCACAUGUAACUGACUGGAUAGAAAAGAAACUUGAACAAGAGUUCCAGAAAAUUUUUGUUAUGCCAAAUAUGGAUGAUGUGUACGUUCCAAUAAUGCAUUCCGCCAUGGAUCCACGUUCAUCCACAGUGUGGCCUUCAAAGGAGACACCAGAAGUUGCUGAACGACUGUGACGUACGAAAGUUUUAUGUUUACAGUAUUAUGACGUUGCUGUUCAUGUGCUUUCAGCUGUACCAUCUGUCUUUUGGACCAUUCGUGCCACUAUCCUUUCCAGGAAUACUUGCAAUUUGUUGUACUCAGUAUGUGCAGUUUGCUGAGUGUAUGUCUCUCUUUCUGUAUAUUGUUAACAGCUAAUAUUGUUAUAACCAUUUGUCACCUAGGCCAUUCCAAGAAAAUAAAAGCCCAGACGUAUAUUAAGAGACUAUAUAUAAUUGAAAUUGUAAAUGACUUGUUUGCCGAGAAAUGCUUCAGUUUAAUCAGGUUCUCAUAGGUCUGAGAGAAGAUUUCCAAAUACAUGUAAUUGUAUGGUUACCUAAGACAACCUUGAUGCAGCUGCAGAAUUGAUGCAUGAUUGCCUUGUUGGGUCUGAGUAUUUAUAAAGUACAGUACAAUACAUCACUAAAAUGACAAAGCUGGUCUAUAAUUGCUAAUUUUAUAUAAGUUGCUCUUGGAUACUUGCAGCUCAUUGCUUUGUGGUGAUUUAUCAUUAGAAGUGUACUUGCAACUGCAUUCUCUUUUAUUGACUAAUGGGUUCUGCUGACAGUCUGCACACAAGUCUGGUAACUUUGCAUCUGAGAGCAAGAUCAAUAUUGUCCCCUUAUCUGGACUGUAAUUUAUAGAUUGUGUAGUAAGUUACUUUGUACAACUUACAUUUUUACUGCAUAUUAUAAACUGACACAUCCCUUUUGCCCAAUUCAGGAGCAAUUUAGCUACACAAAAUACUUUGUUCAACUCUUUGACACCUCCCUAUUAAUUCACAUGAUCAAAUCAUAAGCAACCAACUCAUAAAAUAAUCCACUUUUGCAUGAUGUCUGUGCAAGAGGAAAUUAUAGGAUUAUGUGACAACCACUGUGAUAUAUAAUAUAAAAGUAUAUUUUUCAAGUUUUACAUUCAUGAUUUAUAAAAAGUGCUACAAUUCCUUAAAAAUGUUAUAAUGUAUGGAGCAGUGCUGUAAUCUACUGCAGAUUACAUUUCUGUAACCUGGCAGUGAUAUCACAAACUUAAUCCUUAGAUGAUAUAGUUCAGAGUGCUCUACAUAAUUGUGGGUAGAUAUAUUUAAGAGCAAGGCACUUAGUUCUGAUAGGGUUUUUUUUCUCCCUCACAAUCAUUCUAAUGCAUGUUAGAAACAUCUCAACAGAGACAAGUCCCUCAAAUGUAAAUUGAGUCAGAAUUUUCAAAUACAAGAGCAGGUUAAUUAAUAUCAGACCACUUGUUCCAUUUCUUGUGAAAUUAGUUUUUUUUUAAACCCACAACCACUUUUAUAGUAUUGUUAGGGCUUGGAAAAUGUGUUCUUCACUGAAGUUCAGUAAUUGGCCAAUCACAAAUAUAACUAAUGGAUCUACUUUUAAAAGUGGUGUAGUUUGCAAAAUAUGAGCAAAUGAUGUAAGGCUCUUGCUUCUGUAGUGGAGAAGGCACUCUUUUCAAACUCCUUUUGUCAAAACUUUUAUGGGUUCUUAUUAAAAGCUUUACAUUUUUUUAAAAUUGGAAAUAACUAUUAAAACUAUGCUGAAGAAUCCUGGUAACAUUUUUCUAAAUGAACGAAGGCAAAGGUAUAAAAAUGUUGCAGAAGGAAAUCUGUCAUGUAGGCCAACUCAAAAUGCCAGUUUUUUUAAAACCAGGUUUUCUCAUUGUGGCAUUCUGAGCCUUUGUUCUGUAUGUAAUGUUUCAAUGUUACUUGUGCUUCAGUGCCACUAUGCUCAUGGUUAUUAUAAUUUCUUGAGCCAUAAGUUUCCCUACAGCAGACAUUCAACUUGUGUGUAAAUUGCCAUUCACUACAUGAAUUGCACAUAGAUAAUUGAAGACUACAGUGUGAAGGAUUUAAAUCGUAUUUCAAGAUGAAGUUUCACGAGAAAGUUGAUGACCAUUUGCAGAAUGUUUAAUUAAAGCUAAGUAAUAUAUUUUAAGAUGUGUAUAAAGUUGUAUUUUUAAUUUUAUACAUUUGUUUUAAUUUAGGCCUGUAGGUACAAUAUUGUAUUUUGUUUCAAUCUAAUACAAGGGAUGCGAUGGCCACAAAACAAUUUGACAGCAUUCCAGUCUUAACCCACGUUCUUGCUUUCCUCUACUUACUUUUCAUGGGCAAUAUUUGCCUGCCGAAAAGAAAUCUUUGCAUGUCUUGUUGUAGUCAGGCCCUUUGUAUGACCUGAAUUAAGUGUGCAAUAAUGAAUUGAGUCCAUGGACUAAAAUGCACUAUACAUAAUCAGAAUUAAAUAAAGAUUCUUAUAAAUUGUCAUAUUGUACUUCACGUAAUCAAAUUAACAUUGUGAAGGACUGGCUUGCUAUGUUUUAUUUAAUAAAUUCUUCAGUCUAGCAA